AAGCUGAUAGUAUUCAAGAAAAUCAAAUUACUCAAUGGGAUAAUAGUCCUGCUGAUAAAGAAGAAAGGAGAAAAGUUGUUUGUAUUAUAUAAUAAGGUAUACUUAAAGACAAGACAAUCUAAUCACACUUUAUCAUCAUAAUAGUCAUCAACAUCUACUCUUGUUUAUCCUUCUUCACUGAUAGAUAGGACGUCUAUGCAUCCUUAUGACCAUGCAAAGGAAAUCUUAUUGAAUGAGUUAGCAGAUACUUUAUUAAAGGAUAUUAAAACCUUAAUCACUACACCUUGUAUUAAUACCUUUUUUAAAAAUCUGAAAUCCAAUUUGAACACUAAGACAAAGAAUCAUCUUCCUCUAACAAAUUUCAAUGAAUUAUCUGUUUAUACACCACAAAACUUGCAUCAUCGUUCUAGUGAGUUAGCAGCUCUGCAGCAUAAAAGAGGUUCAACUCUAAGUAGCACUGUGAAUAAAGAAAAUGACAUGUGUCAUUCAUCAACCACUUUUUAUUCGGGAACACAAAGGAUAGAAGAAGAUGCAAGAAAUAAUGGCAAAUUUCCUUUAAAAAGUAAAUUAGAUAAUGAGAGUGAUGACUAUCAUUCUAUGUUCAAGAAGAGAACCAAAACGAUGGUGGCUACGAAAGAAAGGAAAGCAGUUUUAUUAUACCCUUUAAAAAAGAAAUCAGUGAAUACGAAUCGUAAAAGACCAUGUAUGAUGACAAAACCAGAUGAUAAACUGAAUUCAACUCGAAUGAUAGAUUGUAAUGAGACACCCAUAUUAGAAAAGAUAUUACAAGAUAUAGAUGAUAAGCCUACAGAAGAAGAAGAAGAAGAAGAAAAGUCUUUAUUAUUAUUAACAGAACUAAAUAAAGAGUGUGACCCAUUUUAUCAAGCAAAAGAUGUUGAAGAUUUGAUAUAUUUACAAAUCGCCAUUACUGAAAAAUUAGACCCUAAUUCUACCAAAGCCAUUCACGAUGGUAUAUAUAUAUACAUACAUACAUAUAUGAUCCUAUUGGUCACUCACAUAAUUGUAUAGCACUUGAAAAAUUGGAAAAGGAAGGAUACAAUAUGUCACAGUCUUCACGAACUAAAGGCUAUUAUAGAAUUCCUACUCUUAAACCUUAUACUUUGCAUAAUAAUAAUAAUGCUACUACUACUACUGCUACUCAUAACCAUUAUCUAGAGUCAAGAGGAUCAAAUGAGUAUCGUUGUUUACCAAUUAGCAAUACA